AUGCAACCAAUAACAAAAUUAUCUGGUCAUCAAUCAAGAGUUUUAUAUUUGGCAAUGUCUCCCGAUGGUGAAUCAAUUGUUACUGGAGCUGGUGAUGAAACUUUACGUUUUUGGCAUGUCUUCUCAAAAUCAAGUAAUCAAAAAACGGUUCGUUCACGUUUGGAUUUGCAUAGCUGCAUUCGAUAAAAUAAAAAAAUGAUAAGAUAAUUUUCCCGAUAUAAGGAUUUUUUUAAAAAUUUAGUCAACUCCAAAAAAAAUAAGUUUUUUUUCAGACCCUUUUUUCAAAUUUUUUUAAAUGACAGAAGGGGGAAGGAGCCUUUUUUCCAGAAUUUCCUUUUUUUAAUGACAGAAGGGCCUGAAAUCCAAUAAGCGAACAAAAAAAAACCUUUUCCAGAAUUUUAUUUUUUUUAGAAAAUGACAAGG